UCACCACCCACAUUCAGACCUUCUCUUCUGCAUGCUGCUGCACCAUCCUUCGAGGCACCUUCUCUUUUCACCACCUUUCUUUCCUUUUCUCUCUCCAUUUAUUUUCAUUUUCUUUUUUUUUUUUAAAUUUUAUUUCCCAAGAUUAUUAUCAUGCAACAACAACAGAUUAAAUCUUCCCAACAACAAAUUUCCAUUGACUCUCCAACUAGCAACAAUAGCUCUUCUUCUUCUAUUACUAAUAAUAGUAAUAACAUUUCUAAUACUAUUACUAAUAAUAGUAAUACUAAUGGUAGUAGUAGUAAGAGGGGUAGGGGAAAAGGUGGGCCUGAUAAUAAUAAGUUCCGUUACCGGGGUGUCCGGCAACGGAGCUGGGGUAAAUGGGUCGCGGAGAUCCGAGAACCCCGCAAACGUACCCGUAAAUGGUUGGGUACAUUUGCUACUGCUGAAGAUGCUGCUCGGGCUUACGACCGAGCAGCUAUAAUUUUAUAUGGGUCUAGGGCACAACUUAAUUUACAACCUUCUCCUCCUCUUCUUCCUACUACUUCUGGGCCCACUACCGCUUCUUCCUCCUCUCGCGGGUCAUCAUCUUCUGGACCGACCCAUUCCCUCCGGCCCAUUCUUCCUAAGCCCACUGCCGGGUUUGGGUUCAGCUUCCCUUACGGUAGUGGGUUAGGGUUCGGGUCUGGGGUAGGAUCCACCACCUCACCAUCUACUACAUCCGUUUUGCAAUACCCGUUUUACCCGAAUAUCGUACAUGGGCCCGUUCAAUGGCCCACAAAUAUACCCACAACUUCUACUGAGAAUUUCAAUAGUAAUACUAUUGGAUUAAUCAAUAAUACCAAUAACACUAAUAAUACAAAUAUUAAUACAAUUAGUUUGAUAAAUAUUGAUAAUGAUCAUUAUAAUCAUCAUCAUGAUGAUCAUUAUCAAAUGGUGCAGAUACAGGAUAAGGGGGUGGAACAUCAACCAGAGGAUCAAAUCCUUUAUCAACAACAACAAAAAAAUUGUUAUCAAGAAGCUGAGUUUCGUCAUAGAAGUUUUUGUGAUGAGAUAAGUUCACUUGUUGGGUCAGUGGAUUCAAGUUUAUCAUUAGGGUCACAACCCAUUGGGCAUUCGGAUCCGGGUCUGGUAAACCUACCCGAAUCACCAUUAGUUUGGCCCACACCAUUGGGUGGUGAUUUGGAUGAGUAUCAUCAUAGUAUUUGGGAUUAUAGUACUGAUCCUUUCUUGUUCUUCACUGAUGAUCAUCAAAUUUGAUUAGGGUUUUGGUGCAAUUAAUUAGUUCGCUAAUUAUUCAUGUAAUUGCAAUUAAGGGGCUAAUUAAUUUUCAUUGGAAAGUUAAUUAGUGGGAUUUUUCAAGAUAUAUUUGCUCAAAAAAAAGAAACUACAUGCAAAAUUGCACCUUCUCCCAAAAGGUAGUCUUUAUUUGUGAAUUCCCAAAGGUGGUUGAUUAAGUAUUGCAAUUAAUGACUUUUUUAAUUGCAAUUAAAUUAUUAGGGUUGAUAGAAGAAUUUUAUGAAAGAAAAUUAUA